AUGUGUUCGGCCAUUACCAGCAAGCAGCAGGAAACUUCGGCACCAACAGUUCCACCAAAACCACCGAAGGGGCUCGUUAGAAUUGGUUUUUACGAAGUCGAGUCAACAAUUGGCAAAGGCAAUCACACCCUCGUUAAGCUCGCUCGUCAUCGGAUCACCAAAACUGAGGUGGCAAUCAAAAUUGUGGAUAAAACGCGACUGGAUGACGAAAACCUAGCAAAAGUGUAUCGAGAAAUUGAAGUGUUGAAGAGGCUCAGCCAUCCUCAUAUAAUCCGCUUGUAUCAGGUC